AUGGAAAAUCGGAAUCAAAUUUUCAAGCUACGUCCUUUUGGGGGAGAAAAUGAUCAAGAUGAAGAGCGGAUACACGCCACCAUUUUCGACUAUACUGUCCCCAUGUCCUACAACGCGUGGGCAAUUUAUUUCAAGUUGGACGAUCAGACCAGUCGGCCCAAGGUUGUCGAGGUCCUCAAAACCGGUCUUGAGAGAACGAUCUCGCAGUGCCGACAGCUCGUUGGCAGAUUUGAAACGAACCUGGACGACGAUGGUUAUUCCUUUGUCAAGAGAAAGGACGAUACGGUCGACUUCAUUGUCGAGUACUGGGACGAUGCGAACGUCCCGUCCUUGGAUGAAAUACAAAAGGCACACUUUGCCAGCAGCAUUCUCGGCGAUGUCGGUCGCUUUUGUGCCCCGGGCAUGGAAUGUGGUCAAAGGCCAGCGUGCCACCCUGAAAAUAAACCCGUCCUUUGUGCGUUCAAGGCCAAUUUCAUACAGGGAGGGCUCAUUUUUGUCAUGAACCACCUGCAUUAUUGCCAAGACGUCAUGGGCUGGUCUUCGUGCGCCCGCCAACUGGCUGGCAACUGCGCUGCGGCCAUGAACGGCACCGGGCCUCCUCCUUGGGAUCCCGCCGCUAUCACCGAUGGUGAUCGUUUUACUCCUAAACUACAGGCGCGCCGAGGACAGGAAGUGGAAGAACCGCGAUCCAAGCCUUGUCCUGUUUCUGUGUCAACGAAGCCAGCCUCGUCGUUACUAAUCCACCUGUCAAAAAGCAAGGCGAUUAAGUUAAAGAAAGUUGCAGCGGAUUCUCUCGCGACUUGUCCAAAUCCCUUGUCGGCAUGGAUCUCGACGUACGAUGCUUUUGUUGCAUUGAUCUGGCGGACUUUGACCAGGCACCGCCGAGAGCUAUACAGAGUGGGAAGCGACGAAAAGCCCUUGUUGAGGCAGGCGAUUAAUCUUCGUUACAAUGACCGUCUCAACCCACCUGUGGCUGAUAAAUUCCAACGCAACUUGCUGUGGUCGGCCAGAACACAAGACCUCGCAGACCAGUUUACAGUGGCACAGAUAGCCGAGACGGAACCGCUCGGCAACAUUGCCGCCAGGAUUCGGGAGUUGACAUUGAGCAUAACGCAGCCGGCAGUCGAGGCGGCCGUGACGCGGAUGCUCGCCCUCCGCGACAAGUCGAGCCUCGCCAGGGAUAUCAAGUCCCUCCCGCCCCUCUCAAUGGUCGUGACCGACUGGCGCCGAGCAAGUCUGGAGGGCUGUGAUUUCGGGUUCGGCUGCCCUUGUGCUUUUCGUCAUCUGACCCCGGCCGCCGCUGCCUGCAUGGUUGUUGUUUUUCCACCGCGUCUUCACGGUCCGUCGGGCAAAGAUGAGGGACCCGAAAUUGCUCUUUCUGUCGAGAAUGAGCUUGUGAAUGCAAUUUCGAACGACUCUCGGUUUACCGAGUUCUUCGAGGUUAGGGGUUAUGAAGUAAUGCAUAAAGACUUGGUGCGGGAGUAA